ACCUACGCGACGAAAGUUCGUAUGCAUACCGUUCGUAUAUAAAUGUGUAUCGUGCAGCAUUCGCAUUCGUAUCCCUCGUAUAAGUAGCGCGCUCGGAUAGAGAUAGAGAUAGCCGUCACGGAUUGAAAAAAAAGCUCCGUUGACACGUCGAUUUUUGACCGUUAUUCGUGUGUAGCUUUUUCGAGUUGCGAGUGAAAAAUUGAUCCCUCUUUUUUCACCCUGAAUACGAGUGAUUUUCUCCGGCGAUUUUUAUCGCCCCGAGAGAGUGAGAGAGAGAGAGGUAGAGUGACAUAUUACAUAGCCAAGAGUCUGUAGCACGGAUGACGGGCUUAUAAAAGAGAACAAGUGCGUGUUUUCAGACGAGUGAUUUGUUAACAGGUGCCAGUGACGAGAAAAGUACCGUUAUCCACACCUCCUUCUUUUUUUUUUCUUUUUUCUUGCUUACGUCGUGGGGAGUAAUCGUUUUUCCGGUGUGCCGGUGGGUGAUACGUGCGUGUCACACACGUGGGCUGCGACCACACACACACACUCACACACUCACACUUACGUACACCGAAGACACGUGUGCGCGGCUUCGUUCCGAUAUAUCGCACAGGUGUGUCGCAAGCUCGCAAGCUCGUUUCGCUACCGGUGACUCGCUAAAUCUCAAUCGUCGAUCCGCUUUUCUUUCCUCGAUAUUUAUUUAUUUUUUUUUUUUCCUGUGAACAAGUGUGAACGAUAUCGUCGUGCUUAACGCGGUAUAACGAACAAACGAUCGAAAACUCGAAUCACUGUGCAAAAGUGCCGAUCGAUGGUGACAAGCGCGACGAAGACGAUAAUGCCCCGGACGUCUCUGCGAUUGGUCUCCACGCGGAUCCGAGCAAUCCCCAGCAAAGCCACGAGAAGACCGACGCAGGCGAUCGCGAGGAAGCGAGCACCAAAGUGAGAACCAAUGACUGGCGCAAGAGGGACCAUCGGACACACAUGUACUUUAUAAGGUUACCACAGCUUGCCGUCUUAGCGAAGAUUUUGUGCCUCCUGAUGGUGGUGAUGUGCGGGGCGGUGCCGUCAACGGUGCCCUCCGUGAGUCUUUACUCGACUUGCAGCAGAGGCUACGUAACCGUGUACGGACGCACGGUGAAAUCCACAGGCCGCAACGAACACAAUGCACCCUAUCAAAAAUUGACAACGCAGUCGACGGACUUUAGUAGGAAGCUGUACAUCUUCGCGGAGAAGAGCAAACGGUACAUUUGCUUCAACAAGCGAUGGAAAAUAAUAACCUUGCCGGAGAAGCGGCGGAACGAGUAUUGCCAGUUCAACGAGACGUACAACGGCCGCUACCUGAGGUACCACUCGGUCGUCGAUCCCACGCGCUACAUCGGCUUCAGUCGCGCCGGGCGAGCGAUCGCCUGGCCCCGCGGCCGGCCCGACUGCUACAACUUCCUCAAGCUCAAUCCCAACGCCGGGGUCGAGCGACACAACAGCCUCAUCACCUCGGCCAAGGGCGGCGGCCUCAAGCAUCCGCCCCAGCCGCCGCAGCGGCCCGCCAGCGCCAGUGACAGAGACAACAGCAGCAGAGACAGAGGGGCGGCAGAGAAGCUCGGGCCGUUCGGCGGGGCAUUGCUGGGUGCGCCGCCACGGGGCAACGCGCUGCGCACCAUGUCCAACGCCCUCGGCAAGAUCAACUUGAAUCUCGUCAACACAGGCCCCAGCGGCGACGGCGGAGGCGGUGGCGCUGGUGGCAGCAGUAAAAACGCCCUCGUCGGCAGUGGAAGCAGCAGCAGCCUCGGUUCAAAGUCCUUGACGUUAUCGUCGCUAUCGUCGUCGUUCUCGUCCUCGUCGUCGUCGCCGCCGUCGCAACAGUCGUCGACGUCCUUGAUGAUCUCCUCCUCCUCCUCAGCGUCGUCGAGCGGGAGUGGGAGCACCGGCAACAUUAACGUUAAUCGUAAUAAUAAUAAUAAUCGUAAGCUACGCCAGCAACAGAAGCAGCUGACGACGUCGCUCGGUGGUCAGCAGCAGCAGCGUCGACCUCAUCGCCAUCGACACGGCAAGAGCUGGGAUCAGGCGGGCACGUCGAGGAGGCGGCAUCACGGCCGACUCCAUCAGCAGCAGCAGCAGCAGCAGCAGCAGCAACAACAGCCAUCGUCGUCGACGCACUGAAGUACGUGUUGAUACGCGGCCGAGGCCGCCGAGCUGCUGCUUGGAUGGCGGCAGUGGCCCAGGCGGCUGAGUCAAGACUGCCUCGAGCGGAGACAAAGUAGCAGCAGCAGCAGCAGCGGCAGUAGUAGUAGUGGUCGGCUGCGUCGUCCUGGUCAGCAUCAGCGUCAUCGGCUGCGCCACGCAUCACCAGCUGCUGUUGUCGUUGUUCUCCUCUCUCUCGCCCUCUCAAUCUCACUUACUCUCUCAUCGACGCCCCUCUCAUUAUGAAUCGCAUCUUGAAUAAAAAAAAAUUAAAUAAAUGAAUGAAUAAAUGAAAACGAAGCGCUGAUCGUUCGUUGUUGUACUUGCUGUGGACGCAACAAGGCAGAAAUAAUAAUAAAUGAAUAAAAAUAAAUAAAAAAGAAUGAGACAAACAAAGCCGAAGCAGCAUCUCUCAUGAAAUUAAUUAAGCAAUUGUAAAUACACACAGAUAAGAAAAAAACACACACACAAAACUUAAUGUAAAUAAUAAAAAACAUAUUAUAAUUGUAAUUUUUAUAAAUUCUUUUUAUUAUAAUUGACAUAACUCAUGAUCGACCUUUGACGAAAGCGGGCAAAGAUUUUAGAUGUGAACAUUUUUCUCCUCCCCGCAAGAGUGAAAAAAACCUUCAUACACGACGAUAGCGUGCCGAUGAAUUUAACGGUUUUGAUAUAAUGACAAAUUAUUAUAUUAUUGACAAUUGACGGACAGUGUGUGCAGUUUUUAUUAAUUAAAAACGUGCUCGACCAUUCGAUCUGAUGGGUUCGAUUAAAAGAAAGAAAAAAACGAAAAAUUUCCUCGCUGAUAUUUCAUCGUGCAGUUUAGGGGGUCGGCGGACGAUUCGAAUCUUUUCGGGGCCUUGAUAAUUCACGCCCGAGAGAAAAAUUAAUUCGACGCUCGUCUCGAACACUGGAGUAAUAUCAGACGAAGGUGACUUUUUUUCGUUUUUUUUUUUGUACAAUGCACCACCGGCAAAAAGAAACGAUGUCACUGCGGUGACACGUACGAGGUCACGCGCCCGUGUACAAUGGCGCAUAAUCGCCCCUUUACACGUGUGAACCUCCUAUGUACCUUCUGCUGAUUCAUAUUGAGAGAGGGUCACAAAGUCUCAUUACUUAAAUGAAGCAAAAAAUAAAAUAAAAAAGAACAAGAAGCAAAAAAGGAAAAUGAAAUUCCUAAAGCUGAAGGGCCAAUUCGAGCUGAUCCGGUCUCAUACUCGGCCUCGUUAGAUAAUUGUAAGAUAUAUAAAAGAAAUUAACUUGUAUUUAUACAAAAGAAUCCAAUUGCAGAAUCAUUAAUUUUGUUUAUUUUUGUUACAAUAUAAAGAGGAAAAUAUUACGUUCAAAUCCCCGCUGCGUGUGCACCUUCAGUUUUUGUUUCUUCUAUUCAAACUAUUAUACAUAUAUAAAUAUAUUUAUAUGAUAUACAUAUAAAUAUUAUAUAUAUAAAUCUAAGAGCAGAUCGUAAUGACUAUAUAUCGAGCAAAAGUAUUUGAGCGAUAAUUUUUUGUAAAAAAUGUAUAAUGAAUAUAAUUCCAUGCUUCUAUUUACUAUUAAAAAAACGACGAGAUCUAGUCUCUUUUCAUUAAUAUCAUUUUUUACAAGUAUUAAAUGUUCUCAGGAAUUAUUGCAAUAAAAUAUAUUUGGCGAAUGGAAUACUUUGGAACAACGAAUGAAUCACACAUACAAAACAAUAGAUACCCUCCCAUACGCAAUGUUAUUACGCCCGAUUUUUCUUGCUUGUAUUUGAAUUCAAGUGUUAAUAAUCAUUCCCACGAUGGAGAGCAAAUCAAUUUUAGCAACGAUUUCUGACUUUUAAAUGAAAAACAUUUUUAGAACGCGUCGGUUUAUAGCGAUACAAUUAAGGUUCUGUGUUAACGAGACUUUGCACCACAAUUAUGUAUACGAUUCAAAUUUUAUAUUCCCAAAAUGGAACCUCUUGAUACGAUUAACUGAAGCAAAACAAAAAAAUACAUGUAAACGAAUAAUCAUUGCAAACACAAAGUUGACGUUAAAAGAAUACAAAAUAAAUAUAAAAAAGCAUCGCUGCGGUGAACAACGAUGGCGGUCGUCGGCCAGUGAUUUUUUCGCGAUGAAAAUUUGAAUUUAAUAUUAAAAUUGUAGACACACCCAUAAAAAUUAAUUCAAUCACAUAAUUUUUAUCUCUGACGCGAGGAGAUCACGACUCGUGCAUCGAUUGUAUCGCAGCGUUGACUUUUCAAAGACUAAAAGUAAAAGUUAUUACGCAUUAGAAGCAAGAAAAUUUAAAUAAAAAAAAUUAUGAAACAAAGGGCCAGUAUAUAUAAUAAAUAAAUAUGUAUGAAAAAAAAAUUGGAUGAACGGACGCGUACUAUCGUGCCCCGUUAUCUUGGAAUUCUUAGCUGAUACUCGCAGAUCCGCGCGCACUUCCAUGACGUCAUUCCAUUACUACUUUUUUUUUCGUUUUUGUUGGAGAAAAAAAAAAUGACAUUUUAUAAACACACAAUUACACGUACACGCCCGAGCGAAAUGCAAUUGUAUUACACACAUGUACACACAAAUCUCUCACCCAUGGACUUGUUCUGUUGUGCAUUUUUUAAACAGUUAUUAACAUAUAAAGUAGAUACAUUUUUAAGUUCCAAACGCGCGCGCACUAAUAAUACCAUAUUUAUAUUUAUUGUUACUCUAUGUAUAAUUCGCAAAUUGGCCUCCGAAUAUAUUAUAUAAUUAUAUACAUUUAUAAAUAUAUAUUAUAUUAUAUAUUUACGAUGUGUCUCUCGGUGUGUCCACAUCAUUGUGUGCGCGAGCGCCAUAUAAACAGUAUAAAAGAAUAAUAACUUUAAAAAAAACGCACCGUUGAUUGUUGCAGAAACGGGACUAAGUGACAUAAUUAAACACAAAAAAAUGCUGUAUUGACUAUAUUAAUGUAUAUUAUAAUCGGAAAAAAAAUAAUAAGAAAGUGAAGCAAACUGUAACAAACGACCGCAUUUAGUGUCUCAGUGACGUUUGGAACGAUAGAACAUCGCAUUGAUGAAAACACAUACAUACACACACAACAGAGAAGGGGAUGAAUAAAGAAAAAUGAAAAUUAUGUAAUCACAAGUGCAUGUAACUAUUAUUGUACUUCGACCGCUCUCGAUCCCGGUCAGUCUAGAGCGCAAAAAUUGGAAGAUUCAUUCGCUUAGAAUAAAAAAUAAAGAAAAAAAAAUCGAUAACAGACACACUUACACGAUUACAAGCGCGCAUAAACAAAUGUAUAUGCACACAGAUACGCAUAAUACACAUUACACACGUAAUACAUUACACGAGUACAUAUGAUUGAGUGACAGCCAUGAAAGUCGUCAUUAAACAUAAAUAUGCAAAAUGUAUUUAAAUGUAUCUUAAAAAUACUCUAACAUUAUAUAUUAUUAGGCAUGUAGACGAACCAUUAUAUAAAAAAUAUUCUGUUUAUAAUAUUCUAUGAUUGUAAAUACGAGAUGAUAAUAAGAAGAGAGCCUUACAUUGUAAUCACCCCCCCCCCCCUUCUCACGAUUAUUAUUACAUGUAAACAAAUGAAUUAUUUAAGUAUUGUAAAUAUAAAGCGACUAUUACCAUAUGCAGUAGAAAGACUAAUUAUAUAAAGUAAUAAAAAAAGACUUCAUCGUAUACACGUCGUGGCAUAUAUAUUUAAAAAAAAACAAAUGAGAGCAAAAAUAAUCUACCGUAAUAUAUUAUUAUAUUGCAAUGCGCAUGUGUGUGUGUACUCGUCAUUCUCUCUGUCUCUGUCUCGUUCUUCUCCGAAAAAUCUACGCGUUGAUUGCGAGAACGAACGUGUAAUGUAGAUGAAAAAAGAAAUGAAAAAUAAUAAAUAAAAAACCUAGUGAAAAAAAUAAUAAUGCAACACCAACAACAAGUCGACUCGAGUACGAUUAUUUUAUGGUAUAAUAGUAUUAUUAAAAAAAAAACAUGUCAGCGAAGGAACGCAUUUAGGAUUACGCGCGGACAUGCACACACGUGUACACACAUACACACACAGAAGUCACAUACGCAUAUACAACAACUCAAUAAAUGUAGAUGAUUUUUUUGUUUUACAAAAAUUUAAUUAUCCUGAAAUUUCUGCUUGUGAUUAGAAGAAUUGACAUGAAUUAUGUCUCAGCUCGUGGAUUGUUAAACUGCAUUGAUAAAUUUUCAAUCACGAGAAAAAGCUCACACACCCGCACACACUCACUCGCUCACACAGACACGCCGCUAAACGCCGCCUAAUCGAAAAAUUCGCCCGAGAGCAUAUGCAGUGCCUGCGUAAUGUGCAGCUUAUGUUUUUCGUUUUGUUUUUUCGUUCAAACAAACGCGCGCGAUUAUCCGAGGAAGGUAAUUUAUAUAAAAAUGUUUGUGUGUGUAUGUUACACGACACGAGAGUCGUAUUAUUGAGCGACGAUCGACGAAAGAGAUAACCAUGCGACGACGACGACGACGUUAGUUUCAUUUGACGAAUGUUAUUAUAAUAAAAGUCUCCAUGCAUAUAUGCGAAAUAAAAAAAGAAACUAAAUAAGUGUGUGUGCGUAUGUCUUUUAAAUGUGUAUUAUUAAGUGUGUAUUAAUGCAAAUAAUGUAUGAUGUGCGUCUUCAUUAUAAGCGUCUUAUAUGUGUGCUCUUGACUUGCGAAUUCAAAAUUGUAUUCCCGGUUGAAACUGCAUCUCUCUCUUUCUUGUUUAUGUACAAUUUUUUUUUGUCUUCUCGAAAUCUAUCUUUUUUUCACGAGAAAAUAGUAUUUGUCGCGCAGAAAGAUGAUGAAGAAGAAGAAGGAGAAGAGGGAAGAUGGUUUAUAAUCAUGGUAAUCAAUGUUCUUUUUUUCAACACGUGUUUUACUUUAGUUUUUAAAAUUGACA